AUGGAUUCUCCAUGGGAUGAAGACCCAAUGGACACAACUUCCAGAGACGUUGAAUGGUCCAGAAUUUCCUCCGAUUUCACCAACGUCGGAUAUCGUGAAGGUAUCACCGCCGGAAAAGAGGCAGCCUCCCAGGAAGGUUUUAACGAUGGUUUUGCCAACGUUGGCGUGCCUAUCGGACGCGAGCUAGGCCUCUUGCGCGGGGUUACCUCCGUCCUGCUUUCCUUCCUUAAGGUCACCCCCGAUGUCCCAGAGCACGAUCGCAUGCUUGCCGAGGUGCAAGAUAUAUCAUCACAGCUUUCUAAAGUUCGCUUUUCGGAUAUCAUGCCUCGGGAUCUCGAAGCUGAGCAGCAUGCGCGUGAACAUCUCGAGGCAGAGGGCGAAGAACUUGAUGUUCACGAAGAUCUUGCUGCCAAACGCGACAUGGAAGGCAUCGAGGACAUGCUUGCUAGUCUCAGUGCCGGGAAUGGAAAAAUCAGGGGAGAAAGCGCCAGACCUACUCCCGAGGAUGUCCAAGCUCUCAAAUCUCGACUGGGCAUCUUGAGCAAUCGCCUUGCUUUGGACAUCAAUUGGAGUUGUUGA